AUCAGAUCAGUCAAUCCAUCAAAUCAAAUCGAAGAGAGACUUUCAUAUCAAAUCAAAAUCAAAGCAACACAACACAACAACAACAUGUCAUCCUCAUCGUCUGCCUUUUCCCCGGACCCUCUCCCCUCUUCAGCUCCCACCGAUCAGCUCUGUUAUGUCCAUUGCAACUUUUGUGACACUGUCCUUGCUGUGAGUGUUCCUUGUAGCAGCUUGUUCAAGACCGUUACGGUCCGAUGCGGGCACUGCACCAAUCUUCUGUCUGUGAACAUGCGGGCCCUCCUCCUCCCGGCUCCGGCUAGCCACCAGCUUCACCUCGGCCACACUUACUUCACCCCUCAAAACCUCUUGGAGGAAAUCCGCAAUGCCCCAACAAAUAUGAUGAUCAAUCCUCCCAUUCCGAAUGAGUCAAUGAUGCAGCUCCGAGGAGGAAUUGAUGACAUCCCGAAGCCCCCAGUGGUUAACCGACCUCCAGAAAAGAGACAGAGAGUCCCAUCCGCUUACAACCGCUUCAUCAAGGACGAGAUCCAACGCAUCAAAGCAGGAAAUCCAGAUAUUAGCCAUAGGGAGGCCUUCAGCGCUGCUGCCAAGAAUUGGGCCCAUUUCCCUCACAUUCAUUUCGGACUUAUGUCUGAUCAGCCCGUGAAGAAACCCAACCUCCGCCAACAGGAAGGAGAGGACAUGCUCAACAUGAAAGAUGGGUUCUUCCCUCCCACAGCGAACGUUGGUGUCUCCCCCUACUGAUAAUAAAUAAAGUUACGUAUGUACAAACUAAAGUUGUUGCCCGUUAAUGGUAAGUUGAGUGUUCCGCUUUCCUUAUUCAACUUCUUCUCGGGGACUGGGAUGGACUGUUACUAGGGUUUUCUCGUAUGGCCUACUAUAUGUGUCGAUUUCUAAGACGGUGCUUAACACUAGCUAUAUCGGAAUGGUGGUAAUGAUGACCAGCUAGUUUAAUAUAUAACUGUACGUACUCCUGGUAAAGGGAGCUUGUCCAUGGGUCAUCUGUUCGCUUCUAUUUAUGCUGAUGAACCUAUUUGAUCUUAAACUUCAAGGUACUAAAUUUUAGUAUGCUACAAGUAUGAUCUACUCAA